AUGAGUGCAUCAGGUAAUUUCAUCCCUCCUAUGUUUGUGUUUCCGAGAUGCCUAAUGAAGCCUGAGUUACUUGAUGCUGCACCACCAGGAUCCAUCGGUGUAGCCCAUCCGUCUGGUUGGAUGCAAACUGAUUUGUUUCUGAAAUGGUUUGAACAUUUUGUAUAUCACAGUCAUUCGUGUGCCGAUUCACCAGUACUGUUGAUCCUUGAUGGACAUAAAACCCACACCUUAAAUCUUGAUGUUAUCAAUCUUGCUCGUGAAAAGUGUGUUUCUCUCCUAUGUUUACCACCUCAUUGCAGCCAUCGGCUACAACCAUUAGACGUAAGCUUGAUGAAACCACUCAGUACGUAUUACACUCAAGAAGUUGAGAAGUGGUUACUUGUUCACCCAGGUAGAAUAGUGACUACUCUGCAAUUACCUGCGCUCUUCCGAGAGGCUUAUCUUCGUGCAGCCAGUGCUCUGACUGCAGUCAAUGGGUUUAGAAAAACUGGUAUAUGGCCAAUCAAUCGUGAUGUCUUUCAAGAUGCAGACUUUGCUGCUUCAUUGCCUACAGAUAUUCCAAGAUUGGAACAUGAAGCAACUGGCAGCAAUACAGAGUUGGUUGCUGGUGAAGUUUCACCAACAGGCGAAUAUGUUGAACUCAUUAUAGAGAAAACUGGCAUGCCUAUUGAGAUUCUUCAGAUACCAGUGUUGCAGUCACAACCACUAAUUCGGCAUAUUGGUGAAGGGGCAUCUCAACCCACAUCACACGAGUCAGGCAUGGAGCAACUCGAUGAUGUUGAUCAGUUAAUUCUUCAGGUUAUUUCUCCGAUAACAAUGGAGCUGACAGAAGGACAAGUUGGUGACAUCGCCUCUCUACUUACAUUGGUCGAGCCAGUUCUACAGCAACCCGGUGGCGGUGAUGUUGAUUCUUUAGUUUCUCCGACAACAAUAGAGUUGAUAGAGGCACAAGUUGGUGACAGUUCAUCUUCACCAAGAUUGGUCGAGCCAGUUCUGCAAAAACCCUGUGAUGCUGACGGUGUCGGUUUAAAUACACCAACAGCUGUUGGUUGUCGAAACGCUCUUGAACAUAAACCUAAAGUCCGUGUUUUGCAAAUUUCGCCUUUACCAAAAGUGGAAGUGGGCAGCAUUCGCAAAACAUCGAAAUCGAAAGGUAAAACUGCUAUUUUGACUGCCAGUCCUUACAAGCAAGGCUUAGAAACAAAAAAGCGUUUGGCUGAAGAGAAGAUAGCUGCAAUGGAGGCUAAAAAAGUGAAAAAAGCUCUUGCGGCAGCAGAAAAAAACAAGAAGACUAGCAAAACGAAAGAAAAGAAGCCUAAAUCUGCACUAAAUACAAACCAAAAAAGAGGAGUGAAACAGACUGGGCCUAUCCAAUCAGUUUGUCCAGAAUGUGGAAUCAUGGAAAAAUCUGUCGAGGAUAAGGUGAAGGCGUGUGACUGGAUUUCAUGCAAAACCUGUCUGGCAUGGUACCAUGAAUCGUGUGCAGAAGUGAAUGGAGUAUUUGAUGACGAUUACUUUUUAUGUGUUCAAUGUUGUGAGUAG